UGCUCUAGCUGACUUGUAGUCUGGCCCCGCCCCUUCGCUGGAAGGGGCGGGGCCAGACUAGCUGACUUGCUGCUUGCUCCUUUGUUGUUUGUUUUCUCUUCUUCCUUUUAUAAAGUCCUUCUUUCUUUAUUGUGGAUAAGUGAUCACUGAAAUAGCUACACCUUAAGUUACCUAAUUCUCUCAUUGUCCUCCAUACUAUAGUACAAGAUGAUUGAUGUCCACUUCCAGUUGCCAGUCUUGUUUACUAGUAGUAGCUAUGUUUGUCCACGUAUGCUCCUCCUCUUAUCAGGAGAUGUUGAACUCAAUCCUGGUCCUAUGAUUGAUGAUCAACCAGCUUGUCCUUAUUUUGCAAGAUAUCUCGAACCACUUGUUGAUUGGGAACCAUUUGCUCUUUCUCUUCCUGGUGGAAUAACACAACUUGAUGUUGAUGUAAUUAAAAGGAAAGGAAGCCCUUACCUCAGGAUGGAGGCAUUACAUAAGAGAUGGUUACAAGCUAAUCCUACAGCAUCAUGGAGAAAUGUCAUUAAUGCUUUGAAACAAUGUAAAGAGAAUGAGCUAGCUAGAGCUAUUGAAGACAAAGUAAAAGGUAAUCCAAAGGAUAUACUACAGAAUCAUUCAUAUCAAUUAGUUCAUGCUUCUAGUGCAAAUAUUUGUAAUGUAACUGAUGCACUGUAUGCUAAAGACUUGAUACCACAACUAACUAAAGAAGCUAUGCAUGUAUCAGGAGUAACUAAUAAUGAGAAAUCAAGUAAACUUGUGAUUGUCAUUCAAACACAGUUGGAAGGUUCUCUUAAUCCAGAGCAGUAUCUUAUUGAUACAUGUCAUGUAUUAAUAAACCAAAAACAUCGUGCACUAACAGAUAUUGCUACCUCUAUAUUACACCAGUUAGGUCAACCUAUACCUACUGAGCCUACACCUGAGCUACCACCUGCUGCAGCAGCGGUAUCAGAGGAAGUUGAUGCAUCAGCUAAAGUUGAUGCAUUCAAUAUUGAUAGAGAAGGUAUAAAAGAAUUGAUAAAACGUCAUGCUAGUGAUAAUGAAAUUCAAAGUGGAGAAAUACCAAUAGGUGGCACUACUAUUAAAUGGAAAAGAGAGAAAAAAUUUUCUGGAUUUCAAUUGAAGUGGAUGUGUACAUGUGAAGAUACACGUACUGGAUUGAAAAUAAAAGGUCCUCGUAAGAAUGCCCGUGAUGGUGCAUUGGAGCAUUGUCUUAUAGAGUUGUUUGACAAACUUAAAAAGAAAUAAUAAAGUAUUGUACUAUUUCAUUAUAUUUUAGUAGUGUAGUUUUAUAUAAUCCGCAUUCAUUAUAUUACCAUCUCUUGCUAUAAAAAUCCAGCUGUAAGAGUAAUAGACUGCAUUGUUAAUCAAUUGUAUGAUUAUGUUUUGAUCUUAUUAUAUUAAUUAUUGUUAGUGUUUAUGAUCAAUUUCAGUACUAUUUUAUGGUGUGAUUUGCAAUUACUUGACCCACCCAUUU